GGGCGUACCCAUCUGCUUUGCAAGGUUAUGUUGAAACAAUAAUAAGUGAGACUGGUGACCUGCAAGAAAACAACGCUAUAGGAUGCCGUCCUUGUCAGAGGACCUUCAGGAUGUUCGGAGUCGGGCGGAGGUGUGUCUCUACUCCGGGGGUAGGGUGGUAGAGGUACGAGCCGGGGUCAUGGCUAUGGCUAAUCUGUCCUUACCGCCAUGCUCCAAAUACCGGCACAUCUCUGCAGAAACCAUGGUGAUGGAGAACAGCUUCGGCGGCAACAGGAAAGAGACUCUUGCAUCUCUGCAGCGACUUUCUACCGCCUUAAACAUCCUGGAGAAGUAUGGCUGUAAUUUAACGAAUCCCAACCGGCCGAAGUACUGGAGGACAGUCAAACACAACAACCCGGUGUUCAGAGCCACAGUUGAUGCUAUCCAGGGAGGGAGAGCCGUGCUCUGUCUCUAUGGUUAUUCCAAUCAGCAGGCGGACGGGCUCAGCUUCCCUGAUGAUGUCACCGACCCGGAUGUUGGCCGAGUGGCUGCGGUGACACUUGAAGUGAUGAGUCUGAGGAUGGAGCUGGAGAUGCUGAUUAAGGAGACUCACCCGCACCCCGAAUUUUACGAGAGAAUCAUACCAACACUGAGACAUAAGGAUGUCGGUCUGAACACUGAAGCUGUGGUCUUCCAGUCCUCCUCAUCAUCUUCGGGACAUUCAAAGGGUCAGACUAAAUCUCUGGCCUUCCCCCUCCACCAUCACUCGUCCAGGAAGAGCGGCCACUUUCUGUCGUCCAACCACCAGAGUCUCAGGUCCAUCCAGGUCUUCUCCACCUCCUCCAACAAACACCCAGAGAACUGCAGCAUCUGUGAAAUCUUCCGAAUCUCGGCCCAUUGCCUCACCUGUCUGCAGGGUCUCUGCUCAGAGUGUGACAGACUCUACCACUCCUAUCCCGAGAGGGCCAACCACCGCCGAGUGGCCGUUACAUCUUCAUCGUCUUCAUCCUCAUCAUCGUCAUCACAGAACAGGGGCACUCACAGUUCUUCGACUUGGCGUUGUCUCCACUGUACCAAAGUGAACUCGAUGCAGGAUGUGCUGUGUGAGGAGUGUGAGCGCCCCCGUAUGGACUCCAUCAGCUCCAAAACAGAUGAAUUUCAAUCUGCCAACAUCACAGAGUGGCAGUGUAAGAGCUGUACUAUGGUGAACGCAGCCAGCAGUGUUCUGUGUGAGGUUUGUGAAAGACCCCGUCUGGCCACACGACCUCCAGUAACCCCGUCACACCCUCCUAUCCUUCCCCCAAGGCCCCCAGCACCCGUACUGGGCAUGCCUGGUGACCCUGACAGCCAGUGGGUGUGCCAGUUCUGUACCUACCUGAACUACUCACCUGCAACAGUAUGCGAGAUGUGUGACCUUUCUCAUCCCGAGCCUGCACCUCUGCCUGUUAAGCUCCGCCCUCCUUCUCCUGUCAGACGUGUACCCGCCCUGUCAAUCAAGCCCAAAGAGCCCGCCUCCGAAGAUCAGGACUUGCUGAGGCAGAGGUUGAUGAAGGAGGAGGGGCUGAAGCUGAUCCGACUGAUCAGAGACGGGGAGAAGAAAGGAGUGAGUCCAGAGGAGGUGUACACGAGCAUGAAGGUUACAGGAGACAGCAGCACCCUGCCCUGCAAGUGGUUAAAGACUGAACUUCCUCUGCUAUUGGACAAGAUCCGUAUGAUGGCGGCAACAUCGUCUCUGCAGUGUGAAAAGAGCAAAACAGACAACAGAAGCUGUACUUGUGACACUCCUGCAGAAAGUGAUGGUAAAGACACUAAAAGUGCAGAAACGGGGAUCCAGUUAUCUAGAACAGAAGCAAAGCAGGCCUGGCUGACAGCAGGGGGCGACACCGAGAAAGCUGCCAAACAAGCUCUGAGGGACAGGCUGGCCAAGAUGAAGGAGCUGCGUUCGCUCGGCUUCAGUGAUGAGGCUCACUGCCAUGACGUUCUGAGGCAGAGCGGUGGAGACUUAAGAGGGGCUUUAGUGCUGCUGCAGCGCCCCCUGCUGGAACCCUUUCAUAAGCGGAUUUGGAGUGACAAACCAGAGCAGCCUGUGGACAUUCAUCACCCUGACAAACAGCGAAUAUGUCGAAGGUUGUUAGCGGUCUACGAUCUUCCCAGCUGGGGUCGGUGCGAGCUGGCCCUGUCGCUGCUUUUGGAACACGGCGCCCCCUACUCCCUGGAGGAUGUAGUGACAGCUGUGAGAGAGUCCCACGACCGAGAGUUUAUCAAGAGAGUUCUGGCUAAAGAGUGUCCCAUCUGUCUGUCCAUCUUCCCUCACAGCAAGAUGCAGUCCCUGACGUCGUGUCAGUGCUCGGUGUGCUGUGGAUGUUUCCAGCAGCACUUCACCAUCGCUGUCAGAGACAAACACAUCAGAGACAUGGUGUGUCCGGUCUGCUGGGAGCCCGACAUCAACGACCCAGAACACCUCAACAGCUACUUCUCCACACUGGAUAUCCAGCUGCGUGAGUGUCUGGAGUCAGAAGUUUAUGAGCUGUUUCAUAAGAAGCUGACAGAGCAGGCUCUCAUCAAGGACCCAAAGUUCCUCUGGUGCUGUCAUUGCUCCUACGGGUUCAUCUAUGAUGGCGACCAGCUGAAGGUGACAUGCUUUCAAUGUCGUAAUAGUUUCUGCGCUCAGUGUAAAAAGCCUUGGGAGUCCCAGCAUGCAGGCCUGUCCUGUGAACAGUUCCAGUCAUGGAAGAGAGAGAAUGAUCCAGAGUAUCAGAGACAAGGCCUGGCUGGAUACCUCCGAGACAACGGCAUCACCUGCCCCAACUGUCGCUUUCAGUACGCACUGUCUAAAGGAGGCUGCAUGCACUUCUGCUGCUCUCAGUGUCGGUACCAGUUCUGCAGCGGCUGCAACAAUCCUUUCCACACCACGUGUGCGGUAGAUGAGUGCAGUGUUUCUGGAUUACAUGCUCAUCAUCCCAGAGACUGCCUCUUCUAUCUGAGAGACUGGGAACCAUCAAGACUGCAGGCUCUACUGCAGAAUAACGGAGUAACCUUUAACACUGAACCUCCUCCUGGAACACAGACAGGUCAGUGCGGGGUGAUCGAGCAGAAGGAUGAAGGCAGUCAGCAGUCCGAUUCAGCCUGUGGAGCUCAGACUCAACCCGGACAUGCUGGACUCUGCGAGAAGCAUUACCGUGAGUACCUGGUGAGCCUGAUCAACAGCCAUUCAAUUGACCCUGCCCCCCUCUACAGCUCCAAUGAGCUGCUGCUCGCCUGCAAGAGGUACAAGGUGGACGAGAGCCGCAGGGACGGAGAGGACAGCUUCACCUACUUCAGCCGCCUGCUUGAGAAACUGAUGAGUGAGGUCACACUGGGAGACAAGGUGCCACGCAAGAAAUAACCAAGAACAGAUUCAUGUUACCUGCAGGUGCAAACAUCUGGACCCAUCAACACUGAGCUCAAGUACUUGAGGCAAAAAGGAGAGUUUCCCUUCAAGCUUCGACUCUGUAAAUGUUCAACACUGUGAUGUUUUAAAAACAAGGAGGCAGCUGCUUUCUGUGACAUCGAUCUCACUCUGUGAAACAUCAUAAAAACAUGAUCCAUUCUGUGAGAAAUCAUUGAGAGAAAAUAGGCAGAUAAACUAAAGCUUUUUAUCCAUCCUUGAGCCUGAUUUAUGCUUCUGUGUCAAAGGUCAGCUUAGCCCUGAACCAUGCAGAGGCCUUCAUGUGUAGCCAACGUUCACCUCUUCAGAAAUGUUACUACAUCUAAAGGAAGCAGACCGCCAGCGCUGUGAUUGAAUGAAGUGAGGGGGCCUGAAUACUUCCUGAAUGAUUCAGACUAUGAUCUCUUCACUGCACAUAUCUCACUGUAUUUAAAUGUCUGUCAAAUCUUCUAACUGUGCAUGUUUAAAGUUGACAUGCUCUGUUUGCAGCACCAUUAACAGCUCAUGCGGCUGAUUUUCCUGCAUUUGUUUGGACGUCUAAUAAAUGGACUGGAAUGCAGCACAACGUCUAUGGAUGUAAAAACACCCUGGACAAGUUGGUGACUCAAUUUUAAAGUAAUACACUUUGUGCUUUAAUAAGUACUCUGUUUAAUUUAAAUGCUGAAAGGUUGGAGUGUAAGAAAAGGAACAGAAGUGUAAAUGGUGGUAAGAGUGCA